CUGGCGAACAGCGAUGAGAGAGAGAGAAGGACAACGAUAGCUGGUGAACUUUUAUCAGUGCCACUUGUUUGGUUCGUGACAUGUGUGGUAGCCACAGGACGCUGUGUGUGCCUCGCUCCCUCGAGGGACAUCGCUGAAGACGGCUCUUUGGAACUGCGCGCAGGCGAUUUGAACAAGGGAGUAAGAAUAGGAAGCUCGUACCACGGUGACUUUCCAGCGUCCUGCGGAAGAACGUUCCACACUCGUGGACAACCAGCCUCUAAUCAUCCACGCUACUACUCUCAUCCUGUUGGGACAUGCAAGCAGUGUGCUACGUAACUUUCUGCGGGUGACAUUCAGGACGUAGAUCAUUAACAUGGAGUGCAGGAUGCUCAUUCUGUUUCUCCUGACAACGCAGACUUCCACGUGUGUGGCUGAGUUGACGGGUGACAACAUCUGUCCCACUGUUAUCAGGGAGACCGUGAGUCUGAGAGUUAAGGUGAAAGAACCAGUGACAAUCAAGGCGUACACUUGGUGCUUCAAGAUGCCUCCUCGGUGCUCCAAGUACAGAGUGGAGAUGAGGGACAAGUACAAGAUUCAUCACGAGCUGCGCACCCGCUCUGUGCCGGCGUGCUGCCCCGGGUACGCCCCGGACAGCGAGCACAGGCUGUGCGCGGCGACCUGUGCCGGCGGCUGUCUGCGCGGCGCGUGUCGCAGCCCGGACAGCUGCUCCUGCGACCCCGGCUACGGCGGCCAGCGCUGCGACGCCGAAUGCGAGACAGGCUGGUUCGGCUCAAACUGCACGAAGUUGUGCUCGUGUGACAACGCCGCAACCUGCAAUCCCGAGACUGGCGACUGCCGUUGCACCCCCGGCUGGAGAGGCAACAGGUGUGACGUCCCGUGCCCACGAGGCAACUACGGAGCUGACUGCUCGCUGUCGUGCGGCUGCCAGGAGUCCGGUGGGUGCAACCACGUCACCGGGGAGUGCGACGCGGUGUCCACGACGCCUCCGGAGGAACACACCUCGGAGGCGGCGGCAAUCCAUCCCGGCGGCGACGAAGGCGACACCUCGGAAACGUCAGCGCGCGAUCUGCUCGAGACCUCAGAAGCGCCAGCUUCCGAAUCGCCUUUAGCCGGCCGUUCGAUGCGGCUGCCCUGGAGGGAAGAUCACGAGACGAUGACGCAAGGAGAUGAUAUAGCGGAGAUCCCGUCCACCAUGGUCAUAACCUCCACACAAAGCAUCGAUCAUAAAAGCACAGACCACAUGAGGUUGGACGGUUUCCAGGCAGAAUCCAGCUCAUUUCGAACCGGGAGUUCGAGCUCAAGGGACGACGGCUACUCGGACGACAUCGUGGGAAUUCUCGGGAAAUCGUUUGACGUUACCGGAAAACCUGACGUUUCGAAAACAUCGCAGUAUGAGGAGGACUUGUCGGAGGGAAGCGAGACCGCGCGCGGGACGGACGACCUGCAGCGCCUGCGGCAGGUUACGCCGACGGGGGAGACAGGCGACGAGCCUUCUGGCGGGGGGCGGGCCGGGGACCUGCUGUCCACCUCGUGCGUGUCGGCGGGGGUGGCCGCCGCGCUCAUCCUCACGGCGACCCUCAUCGUGGCGGCGGCGCACUGGAGGCGGUCCGCCCGCAAGCAGGCGGCCGCGGCCUUGUUCACCUACAGCGGGAGCGCGAUCCCAGCGCACCACGUCCGCGGCAGUCAAGUGACUGUCAGCUGCGAUGACAGUCUUCCUGGGGACAACCACAGCAUUGGCACGACUAGCACCCUGCAGAGUGAUGAGCAGAAGAGAAGCUGUGAUCUUAGAGACUCCAUGACGUCGCACUACGACAUCCCACCGCCGGCACGGCUGAGCCUGCAAGCGGACAGCAAGUCGCCGGCCAGCGAGCCGAUAUACGAGGAGAUCCCCGGCUGGGGCCUGCGGGGCGCGAGCAGCUCGUUCCUCGCCUUCGGCGGGGUGCUGGAGACGUCGCGCGUGUGACCGGCCUUCCCCGGCGCGCGCCGUCCGUGGCCUCGGCUGUGCCCAAGUGGCCAGAAACGAUUGAACACGUCAUGGUGGCUUCGGCUGCGUAGUGCGGGGGUUAAGGGUAUGAACCUUGCACUUUUUGAUAAAAGCAAGCCACUUCGUAUACUUUAUAAUUGAACACUUAUCAACAUUUUUAGAAGUGGUGCUCCUCGGUACUCCUCAUAGGGGGGCCGGUACCCCCUUAUAAUGUGCCAAAAUUAAGUUUUUCUCGUUUAUUUGAAAAACGGAGGUUCCGGUGACAAAUAUAGCCAUACACAAAAUGAAAGAUAUUUAAAUUUCCUACAAUAAUGUUCCUUACUAUUUUUAAGAAGAACUUACCGUUUGGUAGAUAAAUAAUAAUUAACAUUUACAAUAUAUUGAUGAAGUGAGAAAACCAAACUCAACUACAUUAUUGGCCAAUAGUUUUUAUAAAAACUUAAAUACCUACAGAGAACAAAAUCACUUGUAUUUUUAAUGGAACAUAUAUUAAUUACAAUAAUUAGUAAUCGAGACUUAAAAAUAAAGUUAUACUACAGAAAUUACAAAGUCGCGCAUUGCGCCAACUCCUGGAAUGGAUAAUCCAGAACAAUUUGAAAUGUCUCGGAUACUUCUAUGUUUUGCGUGUUGACUAGAUUUUAUAAUUAUGAAGACCUUGAUAAACAUAAAUUUGUAUAUGAAUUGUAUAUUUUAAUGCUACAAAAGUUGCAACAACAUAUUUUGUUUAUUUGUUUUCGAAACUAUGAUAAGAAGAACAACAGAAAUACAUAUAGUUACAAUAUGUAGUUGCUUGAUGUUUCACAUAACAGUAUGUUAAAAAGGUAAUUAUAGUGUUUUAAAUUAAAAAAACUAAUUUCAAAUCGAUAUUUAUAUACACAAAUAAUCACUUCACAUCAAUAAAACUAUGUUUAUAUUCAUUCGAAUUAAAAUGUCUUUUAAAACAUGGCAAAUAUUUAAUGCAAAGUUUGUUCCCAGUUAUGUAGGCCUAUUCCUGUAAUUAGUACUCUAUCCAUUACCUAUUAAAUCAAAGUAUUGGUUAAAUUUAAACAUUUCUUUAACACAUUGUAACAAUAAAACACAAAUUCCUGCCACCCAAAACAUGCAUUACUACUACAAAUAAGUAAUUACGCACAUUAAAAUCAUUUGUAGUCGGAACUGCAUUCGCCACCACAAUUGCACAAAUCAGUGCACUUGAGUUGUACUUUUCAACACUUGCAGUGUGAUGAAAACCCUUAACUUGCAUCCACAACGCACUAAUGAAGACAUAGACUCUGAAGCUUGUGGAAGAGUCAUUCAGACUGGCUGCCAUUCAUCAACUUCUUUCUUCCAGCCAUAUUCUGCAGGACUUGGGAUAUAUGUCAACACAUAUUCUAGGUUUUAGAACAAGUUUCAAAACAUCACACAGAAAAAAUAAAUGAAAGUUUAAAUAAAGGGAAAUACGUUUUAUUCUCACCGCAGGCCGUGGAUUUGCUGCGUUACUCCAAACACAACCUCCUUGGUAGGCAGCACGCUUGACAUGUAGGUAAAGGGCAUCCAAUGUAGGAGGAAUCGCUUCCAUUUGCCUGCCUUUCUUGGUAAAAAGACUCUUUCUACAUUCAUUGACACUAUCCAACUGACUACUUCUGUCGUACAUUACUACGACGAAUUUCUGAAUUAUAGGCAUUGCCUCAAUAACUUCAUUUCUUGCCAUGGACAAAAAUCCCGAUAUAGCCUCAGGAAAUGCUUUCCAGGCUUCCCAUGCCAUUUUCUUUCCCUUUCCGCUGAACUGCGACACUGUGUCACAACCAGUAAACGCAUGGAAUAUGGGUAAUGCAGCUGACCUCUCGGGGCCCAAGGCUGAUGAGAUUUUAUGAGCUGCUACAUUACGUUGAUGUUUUCCGGUUCCAAUGGAAACCCACAGUUCUUCCAAGUUCUGAAUCUGACUCACAAAGCACACAGCAAGUACAAGUAUGUCAGUUUCCACGGUUCGUAUCAUAAUUUUGGAACAACCUCGUGCUGCAGCAUCUGCAGCAUGAACUAUGAGUCUGACAUCUGCCUCCUCAUGUGUACAGGGGCAUAGACUUUCCAUAUCUUAAUGUUGUACAGAAGAAAUCACAUUUGAGUGCAGUGUAGAAUACACUUCUUUGUCAGUAGUUUUACAUGCUUGGAUGGUGUGUUUUCCAAGAUAUUUAAAAAGCUCUGUUUUAUUCUCACUAUCUCUUAGAAAAAUUUGCCAACUAUGAGGAAUUUUGGUAGAAAUCAUGACUCGUAUUCUUCUUCCACUGCCUCGUUUUGUAUGUACAAAAUUCUUGAGGCUAUCUUUGGCAUACACAUCCCAAAUUAUAUCAAGCCUUUUGGCUGGCAGUGAAAAUAUAUAUGGAAGGUAUACAUCAUCCACAUAGUCUUGAAAUGUUUGUGCACCUUUAGGUUGAAGCAUGUGAACAAUUGCAGCUGCAUCCACAAGUAUUGCAUUCACUGGAGGUAAUGUUGAAACUGUAGCCUCUUCCGAACUUGAAAGUAUGCACUGUAUUAAAUCUGAUUUUGAUUGGCAUACACGUAUUUCACCACUAACCGACAGUGAAGGUGGAAAGCACUGAUUCUCAUGCUUAAAGAAUUCAUCAAGAUCACCGUAUCGUGUUUGACAGGCUAUGUAUACUAUACCAAAAAUGGAGCAAUCGUUUUUCAGGCCAGCGAAUCUGCCAUCCCCAACUUUCUUGGUGGAGUUUUUAGUUUUACUGAAUGUAGGAAAAUUAUUUAGUUUUAUGGGUUCCAUUAUACCCAGAGUUUCUUCUUCCAGUCUUUCCUUCACAAACUGCUCAUAUAACUGUUUUCGCUCUUUUCCAAUAAUCUGGACAAAAUUCGCAAAUGUACUAUCUGCAACCUCCCUUGUAAAUAAAUUAUAAAGUUUGGGGCUGUCUUCCAGAAAUGGGUUGCCAAGGUUAUCUAUCACCGUUUCCAAACAUUGUACAUCUUUCUUAAAACGACUCUGAGCCGAAUUAGUGUCUUGGUGAUGUUUGACUACUACAUUAUCAGGAUCAGCCGAACAUGUUCCAAAUGUCUGAACUAAAACAUACAGCUCAGGACUAGAUAAAACCCACUUCUUAAAAGAUUUAGAAUUUUCUGUUAGGCCAGCUAUGCCACCAUCGCCUUUCAAUACAGCAUUAACCUGUUCAUGAGCAUGAUCUAAGGCAAUGUUUGAGAAUUUCCUUUUGGAUUUUGUUGCCACAAAUGCACCAGAUUUAAAUUUUUUGCGAUUUCAGGAUGAUCAUGUUCCAAGUUAACCAUAUCUCUAACAUGAACUGAACGCCAUCGAGCAUAAUGUGUGUGGUCUAAAGCUAAAAACCAGGGCAACAGUCUAAUCAUAGCUUCAAUGUACUUGUCAAAGUCAACUUGACAUAUGGCACGAACAAACUGUAAUAUUAUUCUCUCCAGAUGCAUUACUAAGCUCCAGAAUUUGUGUUGAGGAUAGAGCUUGCACCUUUCUUCAUCCCAAUCUUUAAAAACUAGCUGACAUUCUUCAUCACAUGUUUCCCUGUAAACAUUAUAUGCCUUCCUUUUCGAGGAAUACAGAGCACAAAGAGUAAAUUGAUGGGCGUGUGAUAUGUGUUGCUUUUAUCAUUGCACCUGCUUUACCUUGAGUCGUGAUUUCAGCUUGUACAAGAACAUUUACCCAACCACUGUCCUCAAGCCAAUGGCCGACUGCCCUGAGUGCAGCAAGUUCUAUGUGAAGUCCUCCGAGCAUAAUAACAAAAUGUAUUUCCCCAUGUGUUUCUGGUUUCAGAAAUUGUAUUUGCUUGGCAAUAUCAUAAAGUGGUUGAUCUACAGAUAUAACUGGCACAAAAUUAUUAUUCAAAAGUCUUCGUAUCUCUUAAACAGUAAGUCCUACUCAAAAAAUAAAAGGGGAAAAGUUUGUAGGAAAUUUAAAUAUCUUUCAGUUCAUAUAUAACUGUUUUUGUCGUUGGAGCCACCGUUUUUGAGAUAAAUGAAAAAACUGAAUUUUCGCACAUAUUAAGGGGGGUGCUGGCCCCCCCAGGAGGGGUACCGAAGGGCACCGCUUCUGAAAACUUUCAGGGGGGUGUAUUUAUGAAUUGUACGAAGUGGCUUGCUUUUAUCAAAAAGUGCAGGGUUCAGCUGAUUUUUUGCUCUUAACCCCCGCACUAGCGUCCGAGUGGCCAGGAAUGACCACGCGCAUGAUGCGUGACCUCAGCUGCACCCGAGUGGCCAGAAACGACCGUGUAGCCUCGGCUGCGUUCACGUGGCCAGAAACUAUUGCGUACACCAUACGUGGCCUCGGCUGCGUCCGAGUGGCCGGGAACGAUCAGGUGCACCAUGCGUGCGGCCUCGGCUGCGGCCUGGUAAACAGGAACGACCAUGGAGCUCUGCCGCUUCCACGUUGGCUUUCGAUGUCACCGCCUAUAAUGGUACCCGAACUACCUUGCAGUGUUCUUGAAACGCUUCUUGUUUCACAAAACGUUUAAUUGUAUUCAAAAAUUUGUUUUAUGACAAAACGUCAUGUAAGUUCAUAAAUGACGACAAUGUUAUAGGUUACGAAGAAGAACAUUAAGGUAAAUAGUGCAGAUGAAACAAAAUACCUAUCAAAUAUCAAGAAGAUAACUAGUGAACAAUGCAUAAAUAUCAGGAUAAAUUAAUUAUUUAAUGCAAAAAUCUUGAUUAAAAUAAUAUUUUUGUAUGCAAACAAUUAAUCCCUUUCUUCAAAUUAAUAGACGUAUACAAAAAAACAUAUAUUGGGAAAAUGAUUUACAUAAUAAUAUUUUUCAUUUUGCUAUGCUAACAUUGGAAAUAGCCAAACGCAGACAGAAAAAAAAAUCGCUUCUUCAAUUUAUCUUUGACCAUGAUUUAUGAUCUUAAAAUACUAAUUUGUAUUAUGUGAUUUAUAUUUACUGCAUAUAGACCUACAUCACCAAGUAUUGUUAAUUACAAAAAAAAUGUUUACCAAUUUCAUUUAUUUAUCAUUUUAAGACUGUUUUCACGUGGUUAAUUCAUUUGUAUGUAAUAUAAAUUCUUUUAUAUUAAAUAACAUUUCUCUUUUUCUCUUAGUAACAUUAUAGAAGAACACAACAGGCUGACAACAAUGAGAGAGAUGCAAUUGUGUUUUCUGUAUUUACUUUUAUUGUUGCAAUUUUCACGAUGUUCUAAACCUAUUGUGCAAUUUUUCUUAAUAAAUUCCUCCCAAGGAAAUUAUA